AUGUCUGUGUUCAAGCAAAUGAGAUUCUCACUGUCUGCUUUAGAAAAUCUCGGGCGGAUACUGUCAGGGUUCAACGGAGCAUCAACAACUUAUCUGGGAGAUGUUGUACUACUCGUCCAAGUCGGACCAAUGGUCUUCAAUGUGCAAUUCUCAACUGUGAAAGACUUGUCCCCUUUCAAUGCCAUCAUGGGAUGCACCUGGUUGCACUACAUGAAGGUUAUCUCUUCUACGUAUCACCAAAUAGUGAACUACUUGACUGAGAACGGACAUGUCAACCUCUUUAGGAGCCAAUUAGCAGCACUACAAUGUUACCAGGUGGCGCGAGAAUCCGGAUCCACAAGCGUUGCUGAGCCUCAUACUGAACCGACUAGUACAAAGAAACAAUAG